AUGAGUAACCCAGUUUUGCUGAGCGAACCUCAACCGGUGGCCAAGCCCGACGAUCGCAUCAAGGCGCUGGUGAAGAAGGCUGAAGAUGUGACCACGGACGACUCCAUUCCCAUCAAGCGGUACUGGCACUCGGGCCGGGAGCUGCUUCGCAUGGCCAAUGUUUACCUGGACGAGAAGAACUUUGAGCGGAGCUUCAUUCUCUACAUGAAGUACAUUAUCCUUUAUUUUGAGCAACUUCCAAAGCAUUCCCAGUACAAAACCGCCGACGCAACUGAAAAGUCAUACGUGCGGAACAACUGUGCAAAGAUUAUUCAAAUUGCCGAAGAAAUCAAGUCAAAGAUAUUGGCUCGCUACCAGCGAGAGUACGAUGCCUACUUGGAAAGAAAGUCAGCCUACGACCAAGCGGUCAGGGAACGCCAAGCUCAACAGCAGCGUCAACUGGAGGCGCAGAUGGCCAGGCAGCAGAAGCAACAGAAGGAUCAAUUUCUGACGAACUUCCAACACGAGCUUGACAGGAAGAAGCGCGAACUGGCCGAGGCGGCCGUCGCACCUCUCAGAAGACCUCACCAAAAGCCAGAGUUACCCUCUUCAGGUGGCGGUG